ACAUUUCUGAACCUGCAGUUGGCGUUACUGAAAUAUUAUUUCAGAAAUGUUGAAAAAUUUAUACCUGGUGGUAUGGUUCAAAAUGAACCUAUCGUGGAGAACAAUUUGAAAUUACUUUGCAUUAGGCAUCAGGAAUUAAUUGAGUAAGAGGUUUGAAAAUUAUUUUAAAUUGAUUGAAGUGACAUUCACGUGUCUAGGUUUGUUGAGAAUUUUAACGGAACUGUAAAAAACGUCGUGCUUUUGGAAUACAUGAUUUCAUCUGUCACGAUCGCAAUUAUAACUCUUCAAAUCAUUGAAAGCAGUCAGCUUGCUUUAAACGUGGCCAUGCUGGCGUACAUGGCCAUACAGUUGCUCAUAUUCGCUUGGAAUUGCAACGAAAUCAUCGUCGAGAGUGUGGAUUUGGCGAAUUCCCUCUACGAAAGUAAUUGGUACCACCAAAGUAAGUCAACGAAAUUGAUUUUACGUGUAAUGAUGAUGCGAUGUCAAAAACCGUUGCGUCUAAUAAUUGGUUUUUUUGGACCGAUGGAUUUGGAAGCCGGGGUCUCAAGGCUGAAACUGGGCUAUUCAUAUACAACCAUCGUGAAAAACUGAACUCUAUGUCGUAAAACUGAUUGGACAUUUCGGUGUUCCAAAAAAGGAAAUACCAUAACAUGCAUUUGUGCUUACUUACAAAUCCACUACACAAAUUUCAAUAUCACGGUGCAUAAAAACACGCAUUCUGUCAGCAAACUUAAUAAAUAUUUACGGAAUAAUAAUAGAUUCCUAAAGGACUCUACUACCCCUUUUUAUUACAGAGCGUUUCGAGGUGGAGGAAAGCUUUUUCUGCCCUGUCAUUAAAGGAAGUAAUAUUGUUGCCACCAGCGGCGCGCAUCGGAUUAUUUUCGCUGCCGAAAUGAAAUGUUUUUA